AAGAAAUAAAAAGGCAAACAUUUCCUUACAAAACUUUAGAUUAUGGCGGCUUAGCUCCUUGCAAAUUCUCCAAACCUUUAUUUUUGUCUUUAGAUUUUCAUUCAACGGAAUUUUGAACGAUUGGAUAAUGGAGCAAGGAGAAACGGUUUCGGAUUUCGCACCGAAGAAAUUGGCUAGGCAAUUAGAUUUCACAGGGGUGUGUCGCGCGUCGGCAAAUGUGACGUUACCGGAUCACCCGAUGCAUUUACAGUCACAGUCGCAGCCGCAGCCUCAACCGCAAUGGCAAUCGCAAACGCCGUUGCAGACGAAACAUCAGCAGCAACCGCAGGAACUGCAAUUGCGGUUAUAUUUACAGCCGCAAAAGGUUCAGUCGCCGCUGCAGCCACAACAAAAACCUCAGUCACCGACAACACCGCAAGUUCAAACGCAGCCGCCACCACCUCUGCCGCAAGUUGGCGUGGUGCAUCGAGUACCUCAUCCAGUCCAGAAGCUUCCGCUGGCAACAUUUCAAUUGAGCAAGCAAGAGUCCCCAAGGUCUAGAUCACGUGCCCAUGCUGAAGCAAAAGAUGGGACUCCAAAGAAACAAAAGCAGUGUAAUUGCAAGAAUUCUCGGUGCUUGAAGUUGUACUGUGAGUGCUUUGCUUCUGGAAUUUAUUGUAACGGUUGCAAUUGCGUAAAUUGCCAUAACAAUGUGGAGAAUGAAGCAGCAAGGCAAGAGGCAGUUGGAGCAACCUUAGAACGCAAUCCAAAUGCAUUUAGACCGAAGAUUGCCAGCAGUCCCCACACACCUCAGGAUGCUAGGGACGAUGCAAAUGAUGUCCAAAUGGUCGGAAAGCACAAUAAAGGAUGUCACUGCAAGAAAUCUGGUUGUCUCAAGAAGUAUUGUGAGUGCUUCCAAGCUAAUAUUCUAUGCUCAGAAAAUUGCAAGUGCAUGGACUGCAAGAACUUUGAAGGAAGUGAAGAAAGAAGAGCUCUCGUUCAUGGAGAUCAUAUCUCCAUGGCUUACAUGCAACAGGCUGCAAAUGCAGCCAUUAGUGGUGCCAUUGGAUUGUCUGGCUAUGGGACUUCUUUGGCAUCCAAGAAGAGAAAAAGUGAAGAACUCUUAUUUGGUCUAGCAGUCAAAGAUCAAUCCAUUCAAAAGAUUGUUCAACAGCAACAGGAAAAUCAUCUAAGAAAUUCUUUUGUCACAUCUUCUCCAUUAUCCGCUUCUGUUUCUCGCACUGCUAAUACAGCAUCAUUGGGAUCUUCGAAAUUCACAUACAGAUCUCCAUUGGCGAACAUCCUCCAACUACAAGAUGUGAAGGAGCUAUGUUCAGUUUUGGUGUUAGUUUCAUCAGAAGCUGGAAGGGCACUUGCUGCAGAGAAAAGUAGCAAAAUGGAUCGGGAAACAGAGGGAGGCCCUAUCGAAACUAUUGUUUCAUCUGGUCAGGUGCAUGGAAUGAGUCAGAAAGGUAAUUACGUUCAUAACAGUGCCACUGAUGAACGUAGCAGUGAGAACCAGGGAAAUGCAGAUGGAAGUGGCAACUCUGGAGCAGAUGGUGAUGAUGUGCAAAACGGAAGGCCACUGUCACCUGGAACACGUGCAUUGAUGUGUGAUGAAGAAGAUGUAAUGUUUAUGGCAGCUGGGUCACCUAAUGUAUUGACAGGCCAUUCUCAAAACAUGACUCAAAAAUCAUCAAAUGGGCAUGAGUGCACAGAGGUCUAUGUAGAGCAGGAAAAGCUUGUUUUGACAAGGUUCUGUGAUUUCCUCAAUCAGCUCAUUACUUGUGGGACCAUAAAAGAAACAAUGUGGUCUCCAAUGGGCACAGGUGAAAAAAAAAUUCAACAAGAAGAACCUGUGGAGAAUGGUGUUGUAGAAUCUGGAACUCGUGCAGGUGGACUGAAGGAGCCUUAUUGUAGUGGAAUUGUAAAAUCUCCAAUCUCAGCAACUGUAGAAAUAGGUCAGACUGUCUCUGCAUGCUCUUCUGCUUUGAAUACUCAUCUUCCUUUGAAGCAUGAAUUGCCUAUUGGAAAGGGUGUGGAGAUUAAGGACUCGAAUUAGCGACAAAGAUAGUUCUAAGUAUCAGCAUUCAUUCUUAUGUUAAGGUCCCCAUUUUCUCCCUCCUCUUGAUUCUUGGAUAUGACAUUAGCUCCUAUUAUUAGAAAUGUUGGUUGAAGAGUUAACCAUAACAGCUAGAUGCUUAGACCCUUACCGUCUUACAACAUUAGGAACUAGUGAAAUAAUCGUUUUGGAUUUUUUUGGGGGCUAUUGUGCUCUUGUGCUAGUCUUAAUAAUAUCAGUUUUAUCAGAUGCACCAUUGGAUCCUGAAUUGAUUAAUCCAGUGCUUACCUUUAUAUUUGUUAUAAUUCAAUUAUGCCUUUUUAAGUUCUUAGCUUUCUGCAAGUAGUAUGAAGGCAUUACUUUUUGCAAAAUCUGGUAUUCCAAAAAUGAUGCAUACUGGAAUAGAUUGUAGUUGUAUCCAUCUGACAUAAAAUGCUUGAGCAAAAAGAUGCAUUGUUGAAGUUUCUGGGUGGGUGGAGGAGCUUCGUAGCAACUUCCUAAACUGGUUUUCCAUUCUGAAGUGAAAUACGUAGAAAAACAAAAUGGAGCUUCCUUUCACCUUCCUUCCCCUCUUACCACUUUUGAUUCAAGCAAAAUCUUGUUUUUUUAUGGUUAUGGCCUUGUGUUUCCCCUUCAUUUCACUUUCCUUUUAGCCGAAGGGGCCAAAACAGUGUUAAAACUUACAAUCAUGUACCCUAAAGGAAACAGUGUUACAAUUGGUUCUGGGCCUUCUUUGGGUAUAACAUUUUAGGCCUUAUUAUUUCUUCUCACUAAAAAAUAAUAAAAAUACAGUAGUACUACUAUAUGGACAAAAAAGGGGGCUUCCCUUCCACGUACCUUGUUGUCUUGUUCCUUGCGUGCUUUGCUUUUUCAUUUUUUCGAUGUUUGAAUGAAUUUGAAAAAUGGUUGCCUCUCAGACCCUGGCAUAACUCGAUUUUCUGCUACCAACGACAAGACACGUGUGCUGUCUACCACAUGUGCGACCCCUGACCCACCUUCAAAAAAAAAAAAACUAAUACUUAAUUUUGUAAAAAACAGAAGGAGAAGGUAUUU